UGCUGCUUGCACCUUUCACAAAUUAUUCAAAAUGCAAAGUUUGGACUUUUGAUGGACUUUUAAUGUACGUUUUAAUGCAACUUUGGUUUAAAAGUGUCAUUAUUUACCGAAUGACACUUCAUGACCAUAGUCAAACAUUAAUGAAGACUCAUGUUCACGUGUCAGUGUUAUGCACACCCCUUCAAAUAAAGUGUUCCCGAAAUAUUCGUGUUAGCAUAAGUGCCGGCGAAUGAGGUGAAAUGAAUGUUGACUUCAGGCGUUUGUAAGAUUAUUCAAAAGAGGAAACACUGCAGUAGCUUCCCUGGAUUGAUAGCAUUAGCUGCUACACUGAGAGCUGGAGGGAUUUGUGAAGGUCUCUGCCGCCCUCUGGUGAUGGAAAUGGGUAAUGCAGCCUGCUGUCUCCCGCCUGCCUCUCCUCUCUGCUCUCUUCUCCCCCUCGCUGUGAAUGAAAGCAGAUUCUCAGGUAUGCGUUCACCCACAGUUGCUCUCUUUUGGCCGCCUGCAGCAUCCACCGAGCCAGGGCACCGGAAGCGUUGGAUGUGGGAGACAAUUUAAAGGACUUUGAAGGCAGGGGAACAUUAAAGCAUCUCAUUAUGGCGACUAUAGGAGACUUCGACCCUCUAAACUCCACUGUACCUGCGACCAAAAUUGAAGUCACCGUAUCCUGCAGGAACCUUUUGGACAUGGACACUUUCUCCAAGUCAGAUCCAGUGGUCGUAUUGUACGUUCAAGGUCUGGGUACAAAAGAGUGGAGAGAGUUUGGCCGAACUGAGGUGAUUGAAAACACCCUGAACCCAGACUUUGUGAGGAAGUUUGUUCUUGAUUAUUUCUUUGAAGAGAAACAAAACCUUCGCUUUGAUGUGUUCAAUGUGGACAUGAGGAGCUGCAAUCUGUCCAAACAUAAGGACUUUCUGGGUCAGAUAUUCUGCACUCUUGGAGAGAUCAUUGGCUCCCCCGGCGGCAGACUGGAGAGGACGCUCUCUGGGAUACCUGGGAAGAAGUGUGGCUCCAUCGUCUUCACAGCCGAGGAACUCAGCAACUGCCGGGACACAGCCACCAUGCAGUUCUGUGCCAACAAGCUGGAUAAAAAGGAUUUCUUCGGCAAGUCCGAUCCUUUCCUUGUCUUCUAUCGGAGCAAUGAAGAUGGAACGUUCACAAUUUGCCACAAGACUGAAGUGAUCAAGAACAAUCUGAACCCUGUCUGGCAGUCGUUCACCAUCCCCGUUCGAGCUCUUUGUAACGGUGACUAUGACAGGACAGUGAAGGUGGACGUUUAUGACUGGGACAGAGAUGGGAGUCAUGACUUCAUCGGAGAGUUUACCACCAGCUACAGGGAACUGUCCAGAGGCCAAAGUCAGUUCAAUGUCUAUGAGGUUUUGAAUCCUAAAAAAAAAGGAAAGAAGAAGAAAUAUGUCAAUUCAGGGACGGUGACUCUCCUGUCUUUUAAAGUGGAGUCAGAACACACAUUUGUCGACUACAUCAGAGGAGGGACACAACUGAAUUUCACGGUGGCAAUAGACUUCACUGCAUCCAAUGGAAAUCCUUCCCAGCCCACUUCUCUGCACUACAUGAGUCCAUACCAGAUGAAUGCGUAUGCCAUGGCCCUGAAGGCUGUGGGGGAGAUCAUUCAGGAUUACGACAGUGACAAGCUCUUCCCUGCAUACGGCUUUGGGGCUAAACUACCUCCAGAUGGCAAGAUCUCCCAUGGCUUCCCACUGAAUUCUAACACGGAGAAUCCAAACUGUGUGGGGAUUGAAGGCGUGCUGGAGGCUUACUUCCACACCCUGCGAACCGUCCAGCUGUACGGCCCGACCAACUUCGCUCCCGUCAUCAACCAGGUGGCUCGGUGCGCCGCAGAAGUGACGGAUGGCUCGCAGUACUUUGUGUUGCUGAUGAUCACAGAUGGCGUCAUCUCAGACAUGGCUCAAACUAAAGAGGCGGUCGUCAAUGCAGCGUCGCUGCCCAUGUCUCUCAUCAUCGUGGGAGUGGGCCCUGCUGAGUUCGACGCGAUGGAGGAGCUGGAUGGGGACGAAGUCAGAGUGUCCUCCAGGGGACGAUUCGCCGAGAGAGACAUCGUCCAGUUUGUUCCUUUCCGGGACUACAUAGAUCGGUCGAGUAACCAGGUCCUGAGCAUGGCCCGGCUGGCUAAAGACGUCCUGGCAGAAAUCCCCGAUCAGCUGAUGUCUUACAUGAAGAGCCGGGGGAUUGAAGCACGACCUCCACAGCCCGCCACCUCUGACCCCACCUCUGACCCCACCUCUGACCCCACCAGCACUGGAACUGCAAAGCAGAGCAACACUCGUCCCUGACUGAGGGCAACAAGCAGUGAAGGGCAGGAGCUAGCUUGAUCAAAUGGCUGUUUGUGUGCGUGUGUGGGUGUGUGUGUGUGUGUGUGUGUGUGUGUGUCCAGUUCUGCGUGUAUGUGUGGGAGUGUAAGAUGUGCAACUUCAGGGUUGGUUGGCAUAAACCAAAUCAGUAAACUGAGCCUAAAAGAGAAACAGCACCUCUUUUCCGUUUUCUACAGCUACAUCUGAGGUGUCAGGGUAGGAGAUAGAAGGUCAAACCUUUUAUUUUAUUUCUUUUUUUUGAUUGUUUGUUUGUUUAAGGUCAGACGUCUUCAGAACCUACAAAGUGAAACAUUCUGCCAGCGCGUCACACGACUCAAAUAAUUCAUUUUGUCCAGUUAAAUGUCCGUCAGACUUCAGGUCGGCAGCUGCUGCUGUCUUCGGUAACUCCUGCAGGGCCUGAGACGCCUCGAUUGGUUCCAGCAGCAGUACGUUUGUCUUCGUCUGGAUCGUUUCAUCUCAGGGUAAUCCAAACGUUUGAUACAAGCUAAAAUCAAAGAAGCGAGGAUCGCUUAGAGAGGCGUUGUCUCGCCUGGCUGCUGCUUUAUCUCCGUUCAUAUCACACUGGUCAACAGCCAACAAAUUGUCUUUGUGUUGUUUUUUUCCGACUGUUUUAGGGUCAUUUUGAUGAGCUGAAUCCAGAAAUCACAUUGAUUUUCCUCCAUCAGGUCAAAUUUCUGAACUGUGGCGCAACAUGAGCAUCAAAAUGCAGGACUUGUUCUCACAUCUGGAUCCAUCAGGACAGAAAAGAGAUGGUGGAUUUUACAUAAUGAAGACGAAAUGUUCAAUUCACAUGUACUUACCUUUGUCAGUGUUUAUUAUUUAAUUGAAGGAAAUCCAAGUUUGUAAUAUUUAAUUAAUACACUGUGCUAGAAAAACAUUUUUUUCUCCUAAAACGUUUUUUUUGAUGAGAAAUAUUAGCAGAAAUCAACUGAUAAAGCCACAAAAAUGUCAUCAGUUCAGUCAGAAGAUCAGAUUUCUCUAAAUGAAAUUAGAAUAAAAACCUGACUGAGAAAAAUUGAGUCACUUUUGGAUUCAGCGGUGCAAAAUAAUCCUAAUACAGUUAAAAAAAACACAGACAACUUCCAAAAAAAAAAUUUUCUGUAACCCGGUGUUUUUGAGAAAAUGAAAGCUAGAUAUCAAUCUCGGUCUCCCAAAGAAUAUUAAAGGCUAACAGAACAGGAAACUUUGUAUUCAUGUAGGUAAAUAUAAAAUCAGUUUGUUUUUUUUUUGUUUUUUUUUUGUGGUUUUUUUUUGUGAUAUCCAGUUUGAAUUCAAAAGUAACAUUUUUAAUAUAGCAUUAUUGUUUGUAGCCAGGUGAGUUAUCCAAAAAAUACAAAACAAACAAACAAAAAAAAAGCCGAUACAGUGCGUUAUGUCAAACAGUGGUUGUUUAAAUGCACCCUGGCAUAAUUUCCCAAUCUCACAUAAAACCUACGGUUUGCAAUAUGUGUAAAGAAGCGCGUCAACUUUUAAUAAACUGCAAAAACACAAAAUCUCGCA